CAAUCUUGUUCCAAUUUCUUCUGCAUUAGCGCAUACGCUGAUUCGAAGAAAUGGCCGCCUACUCCCUCUCUAAACCCCCAACGCCACCAACAACGACGACCUUACAAUCAUUCAAAUCCACUCACACUCCAAAACCAAAAUCAUUCCUGUAUUCAUCAUCUCUUAAACCACCGAAUCUCAAAAGCUCAUGGCUUGGUGGCAAGGGCAUUCUACGUCUCUCUCUGCAAACCCGCCGGCCAAAAUACAGUCGUUUCGCUGCGAAUGUCCUUUGCAGCAUCCCAACAACGAAACUAGAGAACGUCGAUUCAGCUGAGAAAGUUCCCAAGUGGUCAUGGAGAGCAAUAAAGUCGUAUGCCAUAGCUGAAUUGGAAGCUAGGAAGCUAAAGUACCAAACUACUGGGACUGAAGCUAUUCUCAUGGGUGUUCUUCACGAGGGAACUAGUCUGGCUUCAAAAUUUCUGAGGGCAAAUGGUAUUACCCUUCUUAAAGUGCGUGAAGAAUCUGUCAAGCUACUUGGAAAGGGUGACUUGUAUUAUUUCAGUCCUGAGCGUCCUCCUCUGACUGAAGCAGCUCAAAGAGUCAUUGAUUGGGCUUUUGAUAGAAAGCUAAAAUCUGGUGAUAGCGGGGAAAUUACUGCAUCUUACCUGCUGCUUGGCAUUUGGUCUGAAGUAGAAUCCCCAGGUCACAAGAUAAUGACCACGUUGGGUUUUAGCGAUGAGAAAGCAAAAGAGCUGGAGUCCUUGAGUUCUGAACUUGGAUUUGAUGAUGAUUGACAAGUUCCUUGGGCAUUUAUUGCCAGCCAUUUGAUAUAAUCUUAGACUGGAUUUCAUUAGUGUUGUGCUUUCGGCUUUUCUGUUGGAAUUGUAUGACAUGCUCAAUUCUUGAAUCUUUGAAGUGUAGCUAAUUAUAACAGAUAUUGCCUUUGCUUUCAAUGAUAAUGGAUUUGCUAAAGGGUUUCGUUAA